AUGAACUGGGCGAAUGAUCUCAUAUCUAAUACGAGAGGUGUAAAUUGGAACUACGAAGCACCUGCUUUGCGGCGUUCUUCCAAAUCGCGUUGGGGCUUUGUCAUAGACAAUAUCUUGAAGACUAUAUGCCUUUAUCUUGUUUGGGAUAUCAUCUCCUACGUUAUGCGACACAACCCUGCUUUCCAUCGCGAUAAUAAUGAGCCGAUGGGGGCCCAUGGCUUUCUAUGGCAAAUUUGGAACGCCAUGGGAUACUGGACCGCAUUGUACUGUUUCAUUAGGUUAAACCAUACCUUGAGUUCCGCACUCAUUGUCAUGGUGGGUGAAGGGGAGCCAAAGGACUACCCUGAUAUGACAGGCCCGCUCAGCGAAACGACAACUGUUCGUAAAUUUUGGGGCCGAACAUGGCAUCAAUCACUACGUCGGAUGGUUUCUGCACAUGGAAAACAUUUUGCGAAUGUUUUCCUUGGUUAUCCUAAAGGAACUCUCAUGUCUGCUUACCUCCAACUAUUCGUCGCUUUCUUGGUCUCCGGGAUCAUCCAUGGCACGGCUGAUUUUGUGGCCAUACGAAAUGUGACUUCAUUUUACAGAAAUAUCCUCUUCUUUACUUUACAAGCAGCCGCCAUAGCGUUUGAAGACGGUAUGAUAUUUUUAGGGAAGCGAAUGAAACUUGAAAGAGUGCCAAAGGCUUUAGGAUACGCAUGGGUGGUAGCAUGGCUAGCAUUAUCCGGUCCUAUUUGGUUGGAGACUUUGAUAACUGGGCGUUUACUACUUCAGAAUGUACUGAAGCAGGUCAGGGAUUGGGUCAAGCAGCACGGAAAGAAACGGUUAAGGGAAUGGGUCCCUAUUGCCUACUUGUAUGAGAGAUUGGGGACAUCUUCUGUUCACCGAUUUGACGACAACUCGAUUCUUGAUCGUUAUGACAUUUCCAGAAGCAUGCAGUACGUUCCCUUCGAGCUUGUCUCAAACGUCUCGACAUACUCAGUUCCUUCUGACCCCCGAUCAGAGUGCGGGAACCUCUCUCACCACGACUUCGAAGCGAUGACAAAGUACCAGGCAGACCGUAUGAUGUCCUUGCUCACAUACCUUUAUCAUUCGCGUAAACCUGCCUGGGUCCGUGCUACCUAUGUCACUCCCAGAAACAACUUUAAUCUUGAGCCCCUGUUUUUAAACUCGGACGAUCCGUUUUCGCCAGCGAGAUUACGCUACAGCAUUAGAAGAGGAAUUCCUCCUAUCUUUCACGUCACACCGGACGACUUCAUUCCAUCGCUAUCGUUAAGCGACAUCGAGAAAAUAGACGCUCUGCUCAGGAUAAAACACAGUGAUAAAAUACCGCCUGAGGAAGUCAAGCAAGCUGUAAUGGGCGGAAAGGACGUUGUUAAGCCGCUAGUCGAAUCAAAGAUGUUCAAAGGAAAGAACCCAAGGAAAUGCUCGUUCUGCAGUGUGGUGAAGGACAAAGACUUGUUGGUUUGUUCGAGAGUCUAG